AGUUCUGUGGUCUGAAAUGAAAGAGCGCUGAAGAGAAAAUUUUGUCGAACUUUUUAUCCAAGAAAUUUAUCAUUUCUGUGAAUACAGGACCAAAUUAAGAAUUGCCAAAAUCAGGGUGUUUCAGAUUGUUUUAAGCCCUUUGUAAUAAUUUCACUUCAUUGGCAUUUCUCCAAAAUAACUACGUAAUAUCUAUACGAACUCGCAGUUUUCCAUGAUGUAUCUGUUUACAUUCCCCACUACAUAGUUUCUAUUUAUAAAAUUCAUCAUUCAUUCGUGGUCCACGAGAUCGGUUCCUCUCCUCCUGUUCAGAUGUAGGUUAAAAUACACAAUCCGAAAAUAUUACCUUUUGAAGAUAUCAAAAUCGAAAAAAAAGUUCUUCUCUUUCUCCCUUUAAUAUGGGCGAAAACAAGUGCUCUGUGUGUCAAGAAAAGGCUGACUUGAAGUGCUCCGGAUGCAAGCUUGUUUGGUACUGCGGCAAAGACCAUCAGAAGAAGCACUGGAAGGAACAUAAGGGGUUAUGCAGACCGUUCAAUAUAGAGGAGGAUGAAGGAUUGGGAAAAUGCUUGGUUGCAACAAGAGAUUUGAGUCCAGGAGAUUUGAUAUUAGUCGAACAUCCCCUUGUUUAUGGUCCUAGGCCCCAUAUGGUUGAGGAAGGACCUGUACCAUGCCCAGGUUGUUGCAGGCUCAUAAUAGGAGAAAAAUCUCCAAGAUGCCCGAAUUGCGAGUUUCCUGUUUGUGAUCCAGCGUGUUCAGGUCUGGAUGAUAUGGAGAAACAUGGACAUGAAUGUAUGAUUCUAGGAUUGAGAGAUAUAAGUGCUAUCAAUGGACUCCAUGAUUUCUAUAGGCAAGAUGCCCUCUUAGCUCUUAGAUGUUUGCUGUUACAAAAACGUCAUCCUAAGAAGUAUGCACAACUUAUGGAUAUGGAAGGACAUCUUGAAAGAAGAGGAAGAGGUACGGAUGCAUAUGAUGAUGUGCAAAACAGAAUCUUCAACUAUCUCGACGAUAAUUUCUUCCGUCCAUUGAAGUGUAUGGAGAUGAAAACUGGCAAAAACAUUCUUCCAGAUACCGCCAAAGAAACCAUCCACAAAAUAUGCGGUAUAAUUGAUGUUAACGCCCUAGAGAUCAACCAAGAUGCAGAAAUAUCAGCACUCUACCCGACAGCCUAUCUUAUGGAGCACAACUGUGUGCCUAACACUUACCACUCCUUCCAGAACGUUUCGGAUGGUUACAAGAUCACCAUCAGAGCAGCUUUGCCUAUUAAAAAAGGCGACCACAUAAGUACCAUGUAUACGCAUGCUUUGUGGGGUACGCAGGCUAGAAGGGAGCAUUUGAAGGAGACAAAGUACUUCUCGUGUUCAUGUAAGAGAUGCUCCGAUCCAACUGAGCUUGGUACAUACUUCAGUGCUUUUCUUUGUAUGGGGACCAGUGAAAAAUCUUGUGAUGGUUUUCAUCAACCUAUAGAUCCUCUGGACGACAAUACAGAAUGGUCUUGCAACAAAUGCGAUGUUAAACUCACAAACAACGAAAUAGCUUUCUUGGUGAACAAAAUAGGUGAAGAAGUAGAUAACGUUCAAUUAUCAAGUCCAACAGUUAGAGAAUUGGAUGCACUUUUAACAAAAAUGUCAACUUUCUUGCAUCCCAACCAUUAUCAUUGUUAUGCCGUGAAACAUUCCUUGAUUCAACUUUAUGGAUAUCAGCAAGGAUAUAUGCCAGCUCAGUUGACUGAUGAGACUUUGACCAAAAAAGCCAAUAUGUGUAGGGAGCUACUAAAUGUCACCAAGAAGCUAGAUCCAGGUAACAGCAGAUUGCCUUUAUACACUGGUGUUAUCCUUCAUGAGCUCCAUCUGGCCAACAUGAUAGCGAUAAAAAGGAAAUGGGACGUUGGAAUGAAAACCAGAGUUAAAGGUAUAAUAACACUCUUACAAGAGUGUAACCAAUGCCUGAUUGAAGCCAAAGAAGUUCUCAGAAAUGAAUUCACAACACCACCUGGUGAAAAACUGAACAAAUUGAUAGCCACUUCAACUCAGGAGUUCAAUAGGUGGAUCGAAAGAAACAAAAUAGAUCUAAAGAAAUGAUUAAAACUAUUUAUCGAACUGUUUAUUUUGACCAUGCAUUUUCUUAUAGCUCCUAUAUCAAGAAAACAAUAAUUUGUUAAUAAUAAAACUUCGAAAGUU